AUGUCGGAAAUGGCCCAGCUGAGCUAUGAAGGGAGCAGUGAUCUGCAGAUGGAUGUGAUUCCUGGCAAAGGUGACCUUCCCCAGAUGGAGGUAGGCAGCGGAGGCUGGGAGCCAUCCUUGAGCCCCUCCUGCUACAGGCGGCCACAGCUGGAGAAGAAAGGUCCAACGGAAGAGGAGGAGGCCCAGCCAACUGCGGCACCAGGAGGGAAACAGGGCCUUGUCAACCGGCCGAACUCUGGGGAGCAGCCAGGCUAGUUUGAUGAUUUCAAGAGCGAAGACGAGGGCGGGGAAUCUGAUGGCUGGGAGGACAACUGUGACUAUCCCGAAGAGGAGCCGCUGAGUGGAGCAGGCUACAGAGUAUCAGCGGCCCUUGAAGAGGCCAACAAAAUGUUCUUAAGAACAUCCAAAGCAAGAGAAGCAGUUCUGAAUGGUGGGUUUCAGACGCAUUAUGAGAGGACCCUGUUUGAUCAGCUGACGUUUAUUGAAGAGCUCUUUUCAUGUAGGGCUAGCAGGUAG